AUGAAAAACAGUGAAAGCUUCGAUCCUCAGGAUACUGUAAAAUUCAUCUACUGCAUUUUAGAUGAAAUAGCUGGAAGUGUAGAUCACUUAGGAGAAUGUCAGGUUACAGGUCUAUUACCCCUUCUCUCCCGAGUUGAAAGUACAUUUAAGUAUAGUCAUUACCAACUCUCACAAGCCUUGACAUCUUUUCUUAUGGAUGAUUUCUCCACAUGGUGUAUCUAUCGUUUAGUCGUGAUCGCUUGUCGUCCACAAUUCACAUACCACCUGCAGGUUGUUGGAGAUCUGGUUAGGUCACUCAUGUUAUUUCUUGAAAGGCAUCAUUUGAAUAUAUAUCUCAAGAAGGCUGUACAUUUAGUAUCUGUCUUUAACGAUUUAUUGAACACAAUGGAACUUUUUGAUCAAAGAGGUUCUGGUGAUUUCAAUUGGAUACUGAGGGCGCCUACUAAACAAAGCACCAUUGUUCCUCCUGAAGAUAGUAAAUCAAAUGAGCUUAAAUUUCAUUGUUUGCCGAUUGAGUUAUCAGCUUUAAGGGAGGCAUACCGACUAGUGUCUAUUCUAAGUUAUACGCUGGGCUCAUUAAUUGCCAGUUUUCACGCUUACUUACCUUCUGUUGUCCAGCAUAUAUUUCGUAUUCUAUGUAUUGCUGUGGAACUAACUGAUGUACACGGUAAACAGAAAGCCUUAGAUGCAAUUUAUCAAGGCACCGACGCAUUAAUAAACUUAGUUCAUGAACCAAUUUACAGCUCUACGACAUUUAAUUAUAUUUACACUGCUAGUGGUCUAGUACUCACUUUUCUGAGUUCAUGGCAUGAAGGAACUGUGAGCUUACCACCAGAUUUACUGAUAAUAGAUGAGUGCACAAACUUAGAAAAUACAACUGUACUUUGUCUACGUUUGCUUAGUAUGAUUGAACAACGUAUUGUUAAACUGAACCAACCUAGUUAUGAAUGCUUUAAUCAUCAGAAGUUACUAAAUAGAAUUUGUUUUCAAAUCCUAAAAAGUGACUGGAUCAGAAAUUCCAACCAUCGGGAUCUUAAAUAUGCAAUAAUAGAUUUCAAUUUACACUUCUUAUCCAUAUAUCUUUUGUCUAAUGGGAAGAAUUUACUCUGCAUGAUACCUUUUAUUUCAAAUGUUGAUGAGGAAGUAACCAAAUGCUUUGAAGAUGAUGAAUACCUUUUCAGUCCGCUUUCGAUUAUUAUACCGAUUGAAAUGUUUGGUAUACAGUAUCAAUCCAUUAUAUCAAAAAUUCUUUUUUCUUGCGAUAUCGUUAAUGUUAAAGAGUUCCUCCAAGCUCAUGUGGUCAAAAAUCCUGUUUGUGAUGAUAUUACACAGGAAACCAUCAAAGAGUGGAUAGUUUUCAUAAGGAUCUGGAGUGGCUUAUCAGAUCUUCAAAGCCUUAUGGGGUUAAAAGAUCCAAUUCAAAAAUUAUCAGCUCAAUCAUUUCAUGGUGUAUUCGACUAUCUAACCAAAUCGAUUCACUUCAGUUCAACAACGAAACCUAUCAACUCUAAAAAGUGUGUAACUACUUACUUUGGUCUGCGUCUAUUAGCCAACGCUGUUAUAACUAUUCAAGAUUUCAGUCUUUAUGACAUAUCUGUGUUACAGUCGUUAAUCACAUGGUUGAAGAAUAUGAAGUCCCAAGUAAAAUGUGAUGAAAGGCAUUGGAUUUAUAUUUGUGGACCUACAAUAUCAUUAUUAUGUUCGUUAAUAUUUUGGGUUUCAUCUGCGAAUGUGAUGUCUGCAGAGGAGCUGUCAGACAUUUUGGUUGACUACAUUAUGAGUUAUAUAACACUGGAUAAAGAUCACAUCACUAUAUGGCUACAUUAUCUACUUAAUAAAAUGUCAAAAUCCUCAUCGGAUGGAAAUUUCGAACUAGUAGUUAAGCAAUGUCUAUUUCUCAAAUUAUUCAAGCAAUUAAAGAAUGAUCAAUCCAUGACAAAAUCAAUGAUAAUAUUACUGUGCCGUUUAUCAACCAGCAUUCUAUGCAGCGUUAAUAACUGCCAUACUGGACCUUCGUUAUACUGUACACAUAGUAUACACAACAGAUUUGACUUUUCAAAUUCAUCAAUUGAAAACAAUGCAGAAAACGUGGAGAAUUUAUCUUUAUUCGAAUAUAUUGAAUUUUUGUCUUUCAUGUUCGACCAAAGCAAAAUGGUUGGAACUAUUGAUGCUUUGAUAAAUGAUUUUGCUGUUUAUUUGGCCUCUCACAUAAAAUGGAGUUUCCUAUCAACUGAUCAAAUAUGGAUUUAUUUUACACUUAUCAUAAAGAAUUUAUGUGGAUUUACACCAUCCAUUGUCCGUAAGAUUUUUAGUGAUACAUCAAAUAAUUUGUCGAAAACAAAUUUAAAUUCAUGGAUAAGUAUGCAUAAAUCUAUUAUGGAAUUGUUAAACAAUCAGUCCAAUGAAAAGUCAACUGAUAUAUCUAUCGCUACAACAGUUGAAUAUCAUAUCAUGAUAUAUGGUGCUUUAGGAUGUUGUCUAGCCAGUUGUUAUGCUGAUUUUAUGUUUAAUCAAAAAUUACAGAUGAAUAACUAUGAAUUUUUCUGUGGACGUAUGUCUAGUGAAACACUUGCAAUUAAUGGUUCAUCAUGUGUUACAUCCACUCAAGUGAUUGAUUUAGUUGUCGCUAUUCUAUCGAUUUUAUGUCGAUUGGGUUUAGUGCAUCAAUAUUCCCAUGGACUUUUUGGUACAAUUUAUACACAGAUUCAAGAACUUAUAUUACUACUUCAUCUACCAUCUGCUCAAGUAAUCCGUCUUAGUGAUCACCAGUUAGCACAGAUUAUAGUUGCACACAUGGACCAGUCUUUAUGCCAAGCAAUGGAGAGCCUUUCAAGACUUUUUCGGAUUGACAAAAAGAUUUUAUUCAAAGAACUCAUCGCAGCUUUAUUUAUCACCUUGGUAAUACGUGGGAAUCAAGAGAGCCAUUUACGGAUUAGACAACUUAUUUCAGAAGUACCCUACCUAGAUAAUCAACAAGAUUAUAUUGGUAAAAUCGUUCAGCUAUGUAUUCUACCGGAAACUUUGGUGUACAUUUUCACUCGUACGUCAAAAGAUGAUCAAGCGGUCCAUUUAGCCUUUCUCGAAGCUCAUCUUAAUAUGUCAAUCGAACGAAUAGCCCGUCUGAAUGAUAUUUCCCGUCUUAUGCAUCAGUUUAUCCUUCGACUUUAUCCUUAUCGUGUUGGGGCUUGCUUGGGACUACGAUGGAUCUCUUCAAUUAUUCUUCCACAGUGUGGGACACAAAUUAAUCGUACACUAGUUAGUGGGAGGAACUUUGUUCUGGCUGAUUUUCUAGGACACUAUGUCUGUGGGAUAUUGGCAUUUUUUGAUAAUAUGCUGUUAAAUGAUGAUGUUAUACUUGAACAUCGUUGGUCAGCCUUACGAAGUUUAGUUGUGUUCAUAAAACUUCUUGGUUCAAAUCAUGUUACUCGUAUGCGAGCGAAAUUUUUGGCUAAUCUGAAAAUAUGCAUGCGUUAUAACACAUCACCGUUUGGAAAAGUUGUUGUAAAAGCAUGGCGUAGCUUUAUACGCAUGUUAGAACCAGAAUCAUUAGAAGAAUUGCUUCCUGAUUUAGGUGCUACUCUUGUUGGGCUCUUUUACAGUGAUCCUGAUCAAGUAAUAGAUUUAUUUCAUUAUCUAUUUCUAGAAAAAAGAGAACAAAUCGGAGAUCGAUUAUCAUGUUUAUUCUUUUUACCUCGACUACCUGCUCUACUGACAUGUCAACAAAUUCUGGAUGAUUUAUGUCCAUGGCGUGUAACGUGUUUCAUAAAUGGUGUGGACCCUACAGAAGCGGAAUUCCAUCAGCCUCUUACAGCAUGGUUAUCAGCUCUAACACAUUCUAGUAGGUCUGUACGAAGACUUACCUUGACGUCAGAAGUAAAUUUGGGAGCAAAUGAUCAACACGGCAAGAUUCUACAAUCUCGACUUUGGGGUUUGCCAAGUUUGUUUGAUCGUUCGAUUUCUUCAGCAAAAGGAGGUGAGAUCCGAAGCAUGUCUUCAGAUACGACACACUCUGUGGAUUCUGCAAGCGGGAUUUCGUUUCGUGGAAAUACGAUGUUGUUGGCUGAUAUUGUGGCUUCAUUACUGGAGGGUCUUGCUAGAGACACUGAUGAGAAAAUGAGAUUGUUAUACGCACAGUGGCUUGGGAACCUGGGGGCUGUUGAUCCUUGCAAGCUAUAUUUAUCUAAUGGAGAAGUAAAAACUGGUCAGAUCGAAAAAGAAUCGGUCAUAUUUGUAAAUGAUCGUCGUUUUCCGUUUCAUAUUUUAUGUGAAUUAGCAAAAAUAUAUUUACGUGCUGCUAGUCCCAGACAAUUAGAUUCAGCAGCUUUAGCUGUUCAGGAGUUGUUAAAGUUAUUCAAAGUACCAGACGUUGGAAAAUCAAACAAUUCGUCGUCUUUAACAACACAAGAUCCUGCGGAUAAUUCACUCAACUCAUUUUUUUGGGGUUCCGAAUUAUGGAAUUUGUUCCCUGAACAUUUACGUGACCUUUUUGCUCCACUUCUUACUUCUAGAUAUUCUGUAGAAUCGUUUAUCAACUGGUCAGCUAUACGUAUACCAAUAAUUACAAAUGAAGUUGAUCUAACCUACGAAUCAUGGAUACGUCUAUGGUCUGGUUCUUUGAGCAGUCACAUCAAAUCUCCUGUCGUUUUUAAUAUUUUCCAAUUUUGUGAACCUGUUGUAAAAGCGGAUGCAACAUUUGCUAGAUUAAUGCUAGAACAUUCUGCCUUACAAGUCUUAAUAGAUGAUUCACAAAAUGGAAUAUCUGCACUAAAUUCUGAAAUUUUAGCUGUUCUCACAGAAGUAACUGAAUCGAUUCAUGAGAAUGGAAGUCAUGUUGAAUUUGACUAUCUUUUAAAAAAUGUCGAUCUUCAGGAAGUUCAUCCUGCAAGUAAUCGACCGUGGCAGUCGUGGUUCCCAUUGUCUGUUCAAACAAUUUUCAGUUUAUUGGAUUAUUUAAGGCAUUGGUUAAGGAUUCAGCAGGAAUAUCAAGCAACAAAGUCGACUGUAAAACCUGCCAGCGCUGUUCAGAAUGUCCUUAAGGAUGUGAAUAUUCUUCAACAUGCUGUAGCACCGUUGGAGGGUGUCGAACGUGUUUCUUCAUUUCUUUCAAACAUUCCUAAUUUAUUACAAGCCAAAGCCAGUCUACGAUGUGGCAGCUUUGCUAGGGCAUUGUUACAUUGGGAGUUAGCAUACGGUGAGGAUACAGAAGCCCAACAAUCAGCGUUUGUCACUGGCACUGCUAUUUGUCGAUCUAAUACUGAUCAUACUCUUGGGUUUACGAAAACAGUUUCAGAUCACGUUGGAACGAAUUCUAUUUUGUCAUCUGAUAUACAAUCUACUCUGCAAUUCUCUAAUGGACUUCGUAAAACAGUUUUCACAAUACUCAUUGGCUUACUGGAUACUUAUGCAUCUCUACACGAUUCAGAUGGUUUAGCAGGUGUCUUAUCAGCUACUCAGUUAGCGUUUACUGCUUUUAGCCAUGAAUUUAAUAAGGGGAAGCAACAUGAAUCAAAAUCAUGUAAUAAUAAUAAUAUGGAAUUGUCAAGCGAUACAACACAACGCUUUUCAUUACUUCGCGCUCUAGAACUAGAAAACGAAGGACAGCUAGAUAUGGCUGCUGCUGCCUACGAACAUAGCUUGGCUACUUCUGAAUCUAAUUACCGUUCUUCACAAUGUCAACAGCCUUCUAAAGAAAUUCGGGAUAACCAGCAUUUACUGAUGUACAGUGGUCUGUUUCGUUGUGAACUUCCUGAUCCAGCUCGAUUACAUGGUCUAGUUGAACGAGCAGGUGCUCUUGUGAGAAAAUCAAAAUCCCAUUCGAAUACUUUCGGGAAUUCAACUGUUUGGGUAGAUUGUCUGAACGCCCAUCGAGCGGAAGCAGCUUGGCGUUUAGGCGACUGGGAAACUCUACAGGAAACUACUAACAUGAACCUCUUUGAAUGUUCUUGGUCGGUUGGACUAGGUCGACUAUUUUUAGCAAUGAAAGAUAAGCGAACAUCUGAUUGGUCAAAAAUCUUAGCCCGGUUAAGAAUAGAUCAAGUGACUGAACUCGGCGCUGCUGCACUUGAAGGUCCUGGUGGUUAUAUACGUGCUUAUGAUACAAUAGUCCGUUUAAGCUCUUUAUCUGACAUCGAAUUGAUAAGUUCUUUAGGUGAUGUUAUCAUGAAUGAAAUUCGAAAUCCAACAAAUUCUCGAUCAUCGGAAAAUAAACUUUCAAAUAUCGUUGAGACAUCUUUAAAAUUAUUAGAAACUCGAAUACGUGUUAGUCGACCAACUUUCCAUACUUUAGAACCGGUUUUAGCUAUUCAACAUGCAGCUUUACAACUUGUCAUUUCAGCUCUAAGCUCAUUGAACAGCGAUGCAUAUCAAAUAUCUAAUCGAGAAGUAUUGAAUUCUACAAUAUUGAGACUACGUACUGCUUUAGGUUAUAAUUGGUUAGAACGUGCUAAACUAGCUAGAAAAUCUGGACAAUUUAUGGCAGCUUAUACUUGUGUUCUUCGUGCUGAAGAUUUUGGAAUUCCAGAUGCUCUACUUGAAAGGGCUAAACUAUUAUGGCAGACUGAUAAAAGAGAAGCUGCUCAAGCAUGUUUGGAUAAGGGGAUACCAGACGUUUUUGGUUGUAGUAUUUUCAAUGUUCGUAACAAACAAUCCAAUAAAAAUAUUGAAGUUUCUACAGAAUAUAGAACUAUUUCUGCACAACAGGCUUUACUUCUACGCACGCGUUAUUGUGAAGAAACGAACAGAUAUGAUUUUGAAACUACCGGAAAACUCUAUGAACAAGUUUGUGGUUUUAAUUCCGGUUAUGAAGAGGCUCAUUUUCGUCUUGCACGUUAUGUGGACCGUGCUCGAACUGAGGCAGUUGGCUGUAAACAACAAAAUGCACUAAUCAAAGUAGCUUUGAAACACUACGGUUUAGCUUUAAGUUAUGGCAGUCAAUUUAUUUAUCAGUCAAUGCCAAGAUUAUUAACAUUAUGGUUGGAUUAUGGUCAAGAUUCUGUUCGUAAUUUUCAUGAAUUAAAUAAGUCUCAAAAAUAUGCUGAAGAAAAUAAUCUACAUUCAGAACAAAAAGUCUUCAAUGAAGUUCAAGAGCUUAUGCGUAUUAAUUGUCAGCGAAUUCCUGUUUAUCAGUUUUACACUGCUCUUAGUCAACUGUUAUCCCGUGUGUGCCAUGAAAUUCCAGCUGUAGUUACUACGUUAAUCGAACUAGUAGUCCGCAUUUUUGAAGCUUAUCCGUUACAGACCAUGUGGUUUUUGAUUCCACUGAAUGACUCUACUGUCCGCCAACGAAGAGAUCGUUGUCAGCAAAUUUUCAACAUGAUUAAAACAAAACAAUCGCACUUGUCGAAAUUUAUUGCUGAUUCUAUCUCCUUAUGCAAUCAUCUGAAAACAGUAUGUGGAUUAUUCAUGACGGCUGACCGACGCGAACUUCGUAAUUUUAGUUUACGUCAAACUGUGCGUCCAAUUACACGUCUUAUUGAAAGCAGUGAAUUCUCACGUAUCCUUAUACCAAUUCAUCGUCAACUAGUUCCUAAUCAUUUACUACCCAACGCUACUUCUGAACAAAUCGCUCAUCAUUGGCCAUUUGCUGAACAACCAGAUAGAUUAGUUUGUCUUACACAUAUAGAAGAUUCUGUAGAAAUAUUGGGAUCACAGACUAGACCGAAGAAAAUGACGUGGGUUGGAUCAGAUGGUAGAGAGUAUAUUAUUGUUGCCAAACCUAAUGAUGAUCUUCGUAAAGAUUCUCGAUUGAUGGAAUUAAAUGGAAUGAUCAAUAAAUUUUUAGUUAUCAAUGAAAAUACCCGACGACGUGCCUUGCAAAUUCGUACUUAUGCGGUAAUUCCUUUAAGUGAAAAAGGUGGAUUAAUUGAAUGGGUUCGUAAUACACAGCCAUUUCGAUCUAUCAUCACACGUCUGUAUAAUGAGAUUGGUAAACCUAUCAAUUGGGCUAAUAUGAGCCGUUUAGCACCUUUGCUUGAAGAUCCUUUAUCAGUGAAACGUGAUAAAUACUUGAACAAAUGGUUACCUAUGUUCCCACUUGUCUUCUAUAAUUGGUUUCUAAGCACGUUUAGCAAUCCAAGUUCCUGGUAUUCAGGACGGGAAUGUUAUGCACGUACUUGUGCAGUUAUGAGCAUGGUUGGUUAUGUUCUCGGUCUUGGUGAUAGACAUACAGAGAAUAUAUUGUUCGACUCUAUAUCUGGUGAUCUUGUUCAUGUUGAUUUUUCGUGUGUAUUCAAUAAUGGUCUUACUUUACCUUGGCCUGAACGUGUUCCAUUCCGUUUAACUCGCAAUAUGGUUCAUGCUAUGGGUCCAACAGGUUAUGAAGGUACAUUCAGACGUUGUUCAGAAGCAGUUAUGCGUUUACUACGUCACGAAAUCGAUCCACUCUUGGCAGUGUUCCGUCCAAUUUAUUUUGAUGCUGUUGUUGAACAAACUGGAAACGUACGAAGUAACGCAUUGCCUGGUGGUGAAAGUACUGGACGAACUCGCCGUGGUGGUUCUACAUCAGAUGGAAACGCAUCAUCCGACUUGGACUUGACAGAACGUGCAACCAGGGCAGCUACAGAAAAAUUAGCACGUAUGGAAGAUCGUCUUAAAGGUAAAAUAACAGAACAUGAUGGAUUCAGCCAGAUUUUACCUAUGUCUGUUGAAGGACAAGUGGAUACUUUAAUUAAAGAAGCUACCGAUGUUGACCGACUCUGUCAAAUGUAUAAAGGAUGGAUGCCAUUCUUAUAA